UUGAAUGUGUAGAAUUCCAAUGGCAGUACGGUCUACAGACUACAGAGAGGAGAGAGAGAGAGAGAGAGAGAUCCGUGAAGGAGACAUGAAUCGUGUUGAGAUUCAGCUCAAAAGGCAAAUUCUUGUCGACAACAAUGGAGAACCAUGGUGGGUAACUGCUAUCACUGGUAGCCGCACUACCAGACAUCUGGGUCCCAUCAUCAUCACACCCACCUCCUCUUCCUCUUCCUCUUCCUCUUCCUCUUCCUCUUCCUCAUACUCAUUCCAUCUUCUUCCUUUCAAUCCUACCAUUUUUCUGUUUUACUCCAUCUCCAUUCCCCCUCCAUGGAACCACCUCUAGUUUUAAUGCCUACCACCGGCAUUGCCAGCGCUGGCGGCUCAUCCGGCGCCUCCAAUGAUGAGAAUUCUGUUUCCAAAGCUAAGGAAUUGAACACACACCAGGCGGAUUUGUCUUCUGAGGAGUUUUCUUCUUCCCCUGUUGAAGCUGAGCUCGAAUUAGGGCUAGGGCUCAGUCUUGGAAAUGGGGUUUCUGCUGGAAAGGGAAAACAGGGUGUUUGGGGUGAGCGCGGCCGGAUAUUGACGGCGAAAGAUUUUCCUUCGGCCAUCUCUCCUGGCGGGUCGUCUUCUUCUUCUUCUUCGGCUAGAUUCUCUGGCAGACCUGUUGCUAUUUCUGGUGUCAAGAGGGCGGCGGAACCUGUUUCCCAUGACGGCGGUUCUUCUCCUCCGGCUGUCAGUCAGGUGGUGGGAUGGCCGCCCUUAAGAGCUUACAGAAUUAACAGCCUGGUUAACCAAGCUAAAAAUCAAAAGGCAGGGGAUGAAAAGGAGCUGCUUUCUCUCAAAAAUAGGUCAAAUGGUGUUUCAGAGAAGAUCCAGGAUGGCAAAAAUACAAGUGCCACUGAUACUGAAAAGGGCCCUGUAGGUUUUGUGAAAGUGUACAUGGACGGAGUUCUAAUUGGCAGGAAAGUGGACUUGAAUGCCCAUUCUUGCUAUGAGACUUUGGCUCUGAUGCUCGAGGACAUGUUUUUUAAGUCUGCGGGAAGUGUCCCAUCCACCGGCUUAAGUGGAGGUCAGGAUGAACAAGCACCAAAACUCUCAAAACUUCUGACUGGCUCCUCUGAGUUUGUGCUCACCUAUGAAGAUAAAGAGGGAGACUGGUUGUUGGUUGGGGAUGUUCCUUGGAGGAUGUUCCUUGGCUCAGUUAAGAAACUUCGAAUCAUGAGGACAUCUGAGGCAAAGGGACUCGCUCCAAGAUGUCAAGGAAGAAGUGAGAGAAAUGGAAUCAAGCCCAUUUAGAACCAUUGUUUUAACCCUGGCCAUGUGAAGAUCAUGUGGAGUUAAGUUGGUCCACAUGAGUAGAGAUAGAAAAAAAGAGAGUGAUUUUGACGAUCUUAUUCUUUUUUGCUUGUUUUUUUUUGUUCUCAUUUAUGGUUCUUGAUUUUUUUUGAAUGGUUUUCUAAACCAUUAACAAUCCCCCCUUCCCAAAGAAAGAAAGAAAGAAAGAAAGAAAUCAUCUUAUACAAUGCUACCCUACAGGCUUAUGAACUCGGCUAUGAUUUACGACUCUCUUCGCUUAAAUCGACUAAAGUUGUUUUCUUCUCAAGGGAAAGCUGGUAUCAGUUUCGAACUUGUGAUACUUUACUGUGUUGGUCGACUAUCUUUUACAAGUGCAUUUCUUAUGUUUGUGAAUCGCUUCCUAAUGUAUCUUGUAACAUGUUAAGAAGGUGAAGAUGGUUUCAUCUGUUGCUUUAUGUUUGUUCUUUUCAAUUUGAAACUCCAUUGUGGAUUAAAGCUUAUAUGUUGUCUUAUACCUUUUAAGACCUUUGCUCA